AUGAAAUUAUUACUCACUCUCCUUGUAAUUUUACUUACUUUCUCUGCUUUUGUUUCAGCAGAAGAGGCUUACUUUGCAUUUAAGACACAUGGAAGCAAACAUGACUUUGUAUUCAAAUUAACAGACCUAAACAAAAUUGAAAUGGCAAGAGACAUUUUAUCAGGAAAGGAAACUGAAAAUACUCACGUAAUGGGAAGAAUUAAACUCAAAGGAAAAGAUUAUAACCCACAUUACAGCUUCCAUUUAGAUCCAGAUCAAACUUCUUUUUUCAAAUUUGCUAUUGAAGUUUGUGAUGCUACCCUUCAAUAUGCUGAAGAAAAUAUUGAUGAGGUUGGUGGUGCUUUCUUACCAGGUAAUAUAUUCUGCCCAUGGUCAAGUCAAUUAACCAAAGAAGUUAAAAUUAAAUAA